CGUCCAUCUCGAACGUCAAUCUCGUGUGCUCUCAGCCGGCCUCCUCGAGCCAUCCAUCUGGUUAUUUUCUCCAUUUGCGAUAAUCUCGCAUCAUUUUACGUGCGACGCUCCCACCAUGGCUACAUCGGACCCCAGCACGAAGAGUAUUCCGCUCCAAAUCACUGAAGACGAAGCGGCCGUGUAUGACCGGCAGAUCCGCUUGUGGGGGCUUGAGGCCCAGCAGAGGAUGCGCAAUGCGACCAUCUUGGUUGUCCGCCUGCGAGGCGUCGCGACGGAGGCGAUCAAAAACAUCGUCCUGGCCGGGAUUGGCAAGCUCGUCCUCGUUGACGGCGACCUAGUCGCGGAGGAAGAUCUCGGCGCGGGCUUUUUCUUCCGCGAUGACGAUGUUGGCAAGAAGAAAGCAGAGGCCGCCAAGGCGAGGAUCGAGAGCCUGAACCCCCUCGUCACCGUAGAGACCAUCUCCGCCGCGCCUGCGCUCGAGGGCGACGCACUCGACGCGCUCGUGCGGGACGUGGACAUGGUGUGCGUCACAGACUCGGACCGCGAAACCUUGAUCCGUGUGAAUGGCGCGUGCCGCCGCUCCCAGAAGCCGUUCUAUGCGGGGGGCACGUACGGCCUGCUGGGGUACAUCUUCUGCGAUCUGCUCACGCACGACUAUAUCGCGCCUGACCGUACCGCGUCAAAAGACACCGCGAAAAACGUGAAGUACACGACGACGUAUUGCCGCCUGCGGGCCGCUCUCGGCCACCGGUGGACAGGGCUCACGCGCCGCCAGACACGCGAGCUCAACCCCGCCGCCACCUUCGUGAUUCUCGCGCUGUGGGAGUACCAGGCGCAGCACAAGGGCGUCCUCCCGCACGACGCGGGCGAGGCCGCUGUGCUUGAGCAGAUGGCGAAUACGCUCCUAUCUCAAGCGGACGUGAACAAACAGGCGAUGCCCUCCAUUCCAAAGGAGCUUGUAGAGACGAUGGCGGUGACGGCGUCGCAUGAGAUGUCCCCGGUGUGUGCAGUCGUCGGCGGGAUGCUCGCGCAGGAUAUGCUCAAGGCGCUUGCGGCGCGCGAGUCGCCGAUCGUCAACUUUUUCGUGUUUGACGGGCAUACGGGCGGGGGCACGGUAUGCCGGAUGAACAUCCCGUAGAGGAUGCUUGUUCUUGGGAGGGUUGUCCUGUUCGGAUUUAGUGUAUGUCGUUGUAUACGCUUAGUAGUCUAUGUAUUCCUGCGGUGUUGCUUUCGUACAACGGUCGGGUUGUUCACACAAAUCGGCCUGUUCAACAACUUGAAGCAGCAUCC